GAAUUCGAUUGACGUUUGGAAUGUCAUUUUUCAUUGAAAGUUAUCACAGCGGGAAUGCAGAAAUCUCGUUUGUUGAUUCCAAGUGAUUGUACCUGAGCGAUACGCGCCCAUAUAAAUAAAUUUCGCGUUACAAUGCCGCCAAGUAGCUUACGAGUCGUGUACGCGUUCGCCAGAGAAAUGCACCCAAAAACUAGCGAUGUUUUCAUUCAAUACGGAACGGCCGGAUUUCGCACAAAAGCCAAUCUACUGGAACAUGUAGUGUAUCGCAUGGGCCUGCUAGCGGUGAUUCGCUCCCGCGUCAAAAAUGGUCGCACAAUAGGCAUGAUGAUCACCGCCUCGCACAACCUGGAGCCUGACAACGGGGUGAAGCUGAUCGACCCCGACGGCGAAAUGCUGGAACAGAGCUGGGAGGAGAUUGCCACCAGGCUCGCUAAUGUCAGUGACAAUGACUUAGAAUCAACGACGGGCGAGGUGAUCAAGCAGGUCGGCGCUGAUAUGUCUCUGAAGGCCAGCGUCUUCAUCGGAAUGGACACCAGAUACACAAGCCCUCGCUUAGCAGCAGCGGCGGCUAACGGCGUAAUCGCCCUUAAAGGCACCCCCAAAGAAUUCGGAAUCGUCACCACUCCCAUCCUUCACUUCUGUGUCAAGUGUCGCAAUGACAAUACGUACGGCACGCCCACCGAAGAAGGCUACUACGAAAAAAUAGUGGGCGCGUUCAAGAACAUUCGCCAGAAGUUGCCAGUGUUCGGCGAAUACAACACCACUCUAUACGUGGACGGCGCCAACGGCGUGGGCGGGAAGAAGCUGAACAUCAUCAGGAAGAGCCUGGAUGGCGAGCUGGAUCUCAAUCUCUACAACUUGGGCGGUAAUGGAGGGAAACUCAACUUGAAUUGCGGUGCAGACUUCGUAAAGGUGUCUCAGAAGCCCCCAGUGGGAGUCGAACACGCGCCUUUCCAGCGCGUGGCUUCCUUAGACGGAGAUGGCGACCGGAUCGUCUACUACUAUCUCGAUGACAAAGACAAAAUGAACCUUCUAGACGGUGACCGCAUAGCUACGUUAUUAGCCAGCUAUAUCACCGAGCUACUAAAGGCGAGCGAGGCGACCGAUCUGAAGUUGGGGCUGGUUCAGACUGCGUACGCUAACGGCGCUUCUACUAAAUACAUUACUGAGGAGUUGAAAGUCCCCGUGACGUGCGUAAAGACUGGUGUGAAACAUCUUCACCACGCAGCUUUGUCUUACGACGUCGGCGUAUAUUUUGAGGCGAAUGGUCACGGCACCGUGGUUUACAGUGCGCAAGCGAAGAGGACUAUCGCAAAGAUCGCUAGGGAGGGCGAACCAGAACAGUGCAAAGCGGCGCAACUGCUACUAGACUUCAUCGACAUGACCAACGAGACGGUCGGCGACGCAAUCUCCGACCUCUUCAUGGUCGAAACAGUGCUAUGUGCGCGAGGAAUCAACGCCAGGCAGUGGAUGGAGGCUUAUACUGACCUGCCGUGCCGCCAGCUCAAGGUUACUGUUCAGGACCGCAACGCCAUCUCAACAACGGAUGCGGAGCGUAUCUGCACGGCGCCCGAAGGCUUACAGACCAGAAUCAACGAGCUUGUAGCAGGAUACAAACAUGGCCGCGCCUUCGUGAGGCCUUCAGGCACUGAAGACGUUGUACGGGUGUACUCGGAGGCUGAUACACAAGAGUCAGCAGACAAGUUAGCUGCAGAAGUCGCGCAAGCAGUUUUCGACUUGGCCGGCGGCGCGGGCGAGCGGCCAGUGUUACCCGCAUAAACGAACUGUGAUCGCACUGAGUUUGGCCACGCAAAUACACACCUUACCCCGUUGAGAUAGGCCGCUGUUUAACCUGCAUGAGUUACCUAAUUUUAUACUGGCGCAGUUACUUGAGAAAUUGGCCGAGACAAAACGCGAGCACGCACUCUGAAGUAUUGGCGAUGUACUAUCGGCAACAGCGUUAACUGCCCAUUGCUUGUCAUGUCAUCUCGUUCUAUCGCAAAGAAUCACCAUUUGAUGACAGCGAGAGCAAAAACGGAAAUGGAUAGUUAACACUGUGGCCGUGUGUACGGCGAAACUAACUGGAGUCCGUGUUUACACUGUCUCGAUCAAUUUCCCGCAUAAUGUAACUACGUCGUUCAUUGUAAACACAAAAUAAUACAUAAAGAAUAGUUACAUUGAUAAGAUUAAGUUCAUCGAUCUUCUUAUAACAACCAACUCAGUGCUGGAAUCAUAAAACAACGCACUUGCUAGUCCAUUGGUUUUAUAUAAGUUUUAUAACAAAAUCUCAACUUUAUAUUUUUUAUUAUUCCCUUAAUUUUGUUAUCAAUAAAUAUUUUAACAAUAAAUAAUGGUUAACCAAAAUAAUAUAAUGGUCCAAAUAAAUUUCUAAUCUAGAUCUAUCUUGUUUUUGCAAGACUCAUUCACAAAAUAAAUAUAUAAAUUAAUAAAUAAUAAACUGUAGAAGCUUCAAAAUCGAUUGAAUGCCCGCGUUUUUAAUAAUUGUACCUUCACACUGCCUGAAUUAGUCUUAGGUAAACUAACAAAUAAUAUUAGUCAAUAAUCAUAUUAUUGAACCCUUUUAUAGUAAAAUUAACAUAGUUAUAUUUUGAAUGUUGUAAUAAGGAAAAGUUAGGAGAGCGAAAUAUUUAGAUGUGUUAAGUACAAGAAUGAAGGUAAAGGGAUAUUUUAUAACUUAGUAAAAUGUGUAUAAAAACUUCCAAAAUUAUAUAAAUUAGAGAAUAACUUUGAUAGGUAAGGAAAUAUUUAGAUCGAAUUUGAUAAAUAUAUUCUUAACUUUUUAUCCCAAGGAUAUAUUAGUUGGAAGAGCCAACAUCUUAAUAAAUUUAUAUGAUAAAAUAUUACUUAGCCUUUCAAAUUACUCUCGUCCUCUCUACCAUUAAAAUUUAUAUGUUAAUGGAAAAAUUACUAUGAAAAUUCCAGUUGUUCGAAGUUUGUGAUGCGAAAUGACUUGUUCUUGUCACCCUUAUAGGAUAAGAGGGAGUAAGAUAUAUUCGAGUGAGAUGCAUAUUAUGUAAGCGCCGUACCAACGUUAUUGAGAUUAUAUUAGUAACUAUAAAUGUAACAAAAAGGGAAAAUAUUGUAUAAAUAAUAAAUAUACACAAAUGUAGAUAUUUUUUCGGCUUUGGAACACAGCAAUGCACCGAGUUUAUGUAGUAAAGGGUGCAAUGAAAAAUUUACCAGAAAAGUGCUACUUUAUGUUAAAACAAAUUGCAUACCUAUAGGUGAGCCUCGAUAGUGUAAAAACCAUGACAUUUUUAUUAUGAUGUUUAGUGCAUAAACAGAUAAUAUUAAUAAAUAAUGUGAUAAUACACGAAUAAAUUCCAUAUUGCAUUUUCAGGUGUAUAUUAGUUUUAUUUUAAACGAGUGUAAUAAUUAUUGUGUGUAAUCGCUCAAAUUUUUAUUCAUAUCGAAAGUUAAUUUUACGUAAUACGAAUUUAGUUUUAACUUCGUCGAAAACUAUGUAUUUGGUGUUCGUUUUUACUUGUGACUUAAUUUUACGCUGUUUUUUCGUGCAAAUAUCAUUGUUUUCUUUUUCUGUAAUCGUCAUUUUUCGCAAUACCAUUGUUUGGAUGUUGUAAAUUGCUGAAAUUAUCUUAUCUUACAUCAUGAGUAGGUACUUCAUUGAGCGUCCAAAUUGAUACGCAAAAAAUUUCAACAUGCCCUGCCGGUCGACGAACUAUUUCGUUCGAAUCAAGAAUUCAAUAACCUAAAUAAAAUUACAUAAGGCACACUUAAGUUUUUGUAAUUAUGUAGUUUUGCUAUUAUUUGUUUGCAAGGUGCCUAGAAAUGUGAAAGUACUGUAUUCUACUUUAGUGUGGACCUUAUUUGUUGAGCUGUUUGAAUUGAGAUUAGCUGUUAUGAUAGGAGGGGCAUGCAAUACCACCUGCCAUACAAACGUAAAUUAUGAAUGGGUACCCCCUUGGCAUAAAUGACGCCACUGCUCGAUAAAGUUCUUAAUAUACUUUCAAAUCACAAGUUAUCUAACUUACCUAGACUUCUUGACAUCAUGGUACGUGCAUUUGAUAACAUAUCAAAGUGAAAAUGUUAAGAUAAUCGCAAGUGUGUUAUUGUCAAUAGUUUUUAUUAAAGAAAACAAACGCAAACUAUGUAUUAAAGAACCUAUAAGUUUUUUAAUAAAAUCUGUCUUCUAAGAGAAAAGUAUCAAGGACUUUCAAGAGUUUUAGAAUGCUUAAAUUAUUUAAUAUCAUCAUUAAAGCAUCAUCGCUAAAAAAAAUCAAUUAAUAAGUCAAAUCUCAAAAAUAUUGUCAUCCAUCGUCCUUGAUAGAUUUUGGUGCUGAAUAUAGUAUGCCUUAUCGGAUCGAAAUGGAGUAAAUUGAAUUAGAAAAGACAGCUAUUUUAACUUGCUAUUUUAUUACUGCAAUAAAUAAUCUAUUAAAUCAUUAUUAUUUGUGCAAUUACUGUUAUGAAUGUGUGAAUUUCCUUUAUGCUAUUGUUAUCUUCAAUAUAUCAUUAAUCAAUUACUAA